AAGGGGGGCGGUGGCCGCGGCGGUGACAGCCGCUCCCCGCCCCCGCGGCUCGCCACGUCCCUCACGUACCACCGGCCCAGGCGCGGAGCUGCGACCUGGCGCCGGGGCUUCGGCUCCUGCGGCGGGGCUCGGUAUGAGGCUGGCGCGGUUGCUGCGCGGAGUCGCCUCGGCCGGCCGGGGUCCCGGGCCGCCCACCGCCGGGCCCCGUGCCAGCCGCAGCCUCACCGCGGACUCGGGCUCAGGCCCGGCUUCGGAACGCGGCGUUCCGGGCCAGGUGGACUUCUACGCGCGCUUCUCGCCGUCCCCGCUCUCCAUGAAGCAGUUCCUGGACUUCGGGUCGGUGAAUGCUUGUGAAAAGACCUCAUUUAUGUUUCUGCGGCAAGAGUUGCCUGUUAGAUUGGCAAAUAUAAUGAAAGAGAUAAGUCUCCUUCCAGAUAACCUUCUCAGGACGCCAUCUGUUCAAAUGGUACAAAGCUGGUAUAUUCAGAGUCUUCAAGAGCUUCUUGAUUUUAAGGACAAAAGCGCUGAAGAUGCUAAAGCUAUUUACGACUUUACAGAUACUGUGAUACGGAUCAGGAACCGACACAAUGAUGUCAUUCCCACAAUGGCCCAGGGUGUGAUUGAAUACAAGGAGAGCUUUGGGGUGGAUCCUGUUACCAGCCAGAAUGUUCAGUACUUUUUGGAUCGAUUCUACAUGAGUCGCAUUUCAAUUAGAAUGUUACUCAAUCAGCACUCUUUACUGUUUGGUGGAAAAGGCAAAGGAAGUCCAUCUCAUCAAAAACACAUUGGGAGCAUAAAUCCAAACUGCAAUGUAGUUGAAGUUAUUAAAGAUGGCUAUGAAAAUGCUAAGAGUCUGUGUGAUUUGUAUUAUAUUAACUCUCCCGAACUAGAACUUGAAGAAUUAAAUGCAAAAUCACCAGGACAGCCAAUACAAGUGGUUUAUGUACCAUCCCAUCUCUAUCACAUGGUGUUUGAACUUUUCAAGAAUGCAAUGAGAGCAACUAUGGAACACCAUGCUGAUAAAGGUGUUUAUCCCCCUAUUCAAGUUCAUGUCACGCUGGGUAAUGAGGAUUUGACUGUGAAGAUGAGUGACCGAGGAGGUGGUGUUCCUUUGAGGAAGAUUGACAGACUCUUCAACUACAUGUAUUCAACGGCACCCCGGCCUCGUGUUGAGACUUCCCGUGCAGUGCCCCUGGCUGGUUUUGGUUAUGGAUUGCCCAUAUCACGUCUUUAUGCACAGUACUUCCAAGGAGACCUAAAGCUCUAUUCCCUAGAGGGUUAUGGGACAGAUGCAGUUAUCUACAUUAAGGCUCUGUCAACAGAAUCAAUAGAAAGACUCCCAGUGUAUAACAAAGCUGCCUGGAAGCAUUACAACACCAACCAUGAGGCUGAUGACUGGUGUGUCCCCAGCAGAGAACCAAAAGACAUGACAACGUUCCGCAGUGCCUAAAUAUAUACACUUGGGACACCUGGAAAAUCCAAAUGUGGUUUUUGUAUUGAAUUUGGAAGGGACAGUGUUCGGAACUACAUUAUACCAAAUACUUCAUGUGUUGUUUUCACAGUUAACUAUUUGGGUAGAAUAGAUGGAAACUGAAUUCCAUUUGUGCCUGUCAAACCUCCUAAAGGAUGAAAUUGUACUUAUUUUACACAUUUUCCCAGUUAAUUGAACAUAUUUUUAAACAACCAUAGUUUUGACCAACUUUUCUCUUCAUGGUAGACUUCAUAUGUGUGGAAGUCUUUGGAUUUUUACAGGAAGCUGUGUAGUCUUUAAAAAAAAUAACUUUAUGUUUGCUAGAAACAUUUUCUAAAUAAUGCUGAUUAGCUGGUUGGCUAUUUUUCUGUUAUUUGGAAGAGUUCUGUCACCCUUUAUUUAGUAGUGACAACUGUAGUAAGAUAUUGACUACAAGUAAAGCAGAACACAGUUGCCCUGUAAGUGUAGAACCGGCCACCUUUCAGCAUCUGCAGACAUUGUCUUAGCUCUGAAGUUAAUUUAUCAUUUUUAAAAUUUUAUUGUAAAGGAUUGGAAUGGCUAGUUCCCUAUGAAUCUAAGCCAAGAUUCUGGGCAGUCUGUUCUUGAGUGCGCUUGUGAUUAAUGCAAGGGGAAAUUUUUAUACUAAAAACAAGUAGACAAACUAGCUAGCAGCUGCUAAAAGUAUAGAGAAGAAAUUGAGAGCAAAGCUAUGAGUCCUCAAAACUGAACUAAUCAGUUGUUGAGAUUACCUGGGGGAGCUUUUGAAAAAAUAAAAUUUUUCUAGGUCAUACUCCAAACAUACUGAAUCAGAAUCUCCAGGGCAGAUCCCAGGACUCAAUUUUUAAAAUGCUUCCUAGGUGAGUCUGAUGCCUAACCGAGUUAGGAAACCACUCUUUUAAAGUGAAUAGUGGUGGCACUACAUUUGCUAAAGUAACAGAGAGAUCUUUAGUGUUUCGUUUUCACCUGUUUAAAGGUCAGAUUUCUCUACUCUAGGAGAGACAAACUGAAUCUCAGGCCUGGUGCGGUUAGAAGCAGGAGAACAGAAUGACUACAGAAUAGUCAGGUAACCAAACGAUCGGAACCAUAAAUGCACAAAUCUUGACAAAGAAUAUAUGUUUUCUAAAAAUAUCCAGAAUUUGUUACCAGGAAAAAGUCAGCUUAGGUUUAUUAACAAACUUUUGCAUUUGUAUGGUAAUUUGUAGUUUACAGAUACUUUGAUAUAUUAUGAUAACUUUGUCGGUCUUCAAAACAAAGCGGUAAAGAGCCGGUGGUACCAUCCACAUUUUCACUCUGUGUGUGGCCCAAAGUUGCCCAGGACUGGAGCCAGAGCCCAAGCUGAAUCUGCUGAUCAUGCCAGCAGCUGGCAAGUCUGGACACCACGAAGUUUAGCGACUGUGUUGUUAGUCAUACCUCAUCUUCUUUUGAGGUGACAGAUAAAUACAUGGAAAAUAAAUUUUAAAGUAAAAAUUUAAGUGUUUAACGAAAGGCUUUGCCACUUUAAGUGUGGGAGCUUUAUUUAUCUGGAAAGUACAUUGAGUUGAAACAUCUCAUUCUUGAAAGGAUUACAUAAGGUUAACAACUGUAUAUAAAUCUGCAAAUUGGAAGGGAUGUUAAGGACAGUUAGUACAGUACCCUCACUGAAGAGGUGAGGAUCCUGUAACUCAGAGGAUGUGUUGUUCGCCCAGGGCUUCCUAGCCAGUCUGUCCAGAUGUUGGAAAAUGAGAUAGCUUACCUUAACCUAUUGUUUCUUAAUUAUGGAUUUUGUGAAAAACAAUAGAAUAUAUUACCGGGUGGUUUAUAUUUGUUCAGUGUGUUACAAUUUCUUAGCUUUAAAUUACACUUUUCUUGUAAGGAUGAAAUAUUUCAGAACCCUUUGAAUCUAAGUAUUCACUUUCUUUCCUGAAUGAGACAUUUGUACAACUAACAUAAAUUGGAUGUUUUUACUCAAAUACUGCCUUUCCCCCAAGAAAAUUAAAGUUUUUCCUCUUUAUUUAAGACCUAAAAAAUGGUGUUUUCAAAGGAAAAGUGAAAUUAUUUUUCUUUAGCUUCUUUUUAGAGUCUUGACAGGUUUUUACUCUUAUUGUGGUAAUGGACGAAAAAUUACAUAUGGAAAUAUUCUGGGAGAGCUUUCUCCUAGUUGUUUUUAGAUCAUUGUGCUACCUGAAAGGUUUUUAGAUUCUUACAUUCGUCUACCAGCAUUAAUGUGAUGCAGUGUAGGUAUAAAAACAUAUUGAAGGACAAGUAGUAGAUACCAAGUGAUUUUUAUAACCUGGGUAGUUGAUGAAUGUGCCAAUAUUUUUUAGGAAGAGAUAGCAAAAAUAUUCUACCCUAUACUUAAAAUACUGACUAGCUUUUGAUGUCUUCAUACUUACUAGUGAUCACGUUCUUGCACUGUGAAGUUUUUACAUGAAGAUGUAGAAGUGGAGGUCUACCAUAUUAUUUUAUAAAAUGUUUUCUAUAUGACAAUAAACUGAAAACAUGGGUCAACUCUUAUUUUGAAAAUAAUUGAGUCAAUUUAGGUUUUUAAAAAUAAAAUCUUGUCUUUUAAAUAGAAGUUUCUUCCGUAAUCAAGUCUUACCAUUCUGUAAACAUUCAAAAAAUUGUAGCUAAGUGGCUUGCACUAAAUCUUACCUUCUUCAAUAGAGGAACUAUUUGGAACUUAGACUUCCAGUGUGUAUAUUCUAACAGAGAAAGCAAGAGGUAGAGUUUGUUUGGUUUGAGUUAUCCUAGAUUUUCAUUAUCUACAGAUACCAUAGAUGACUGACUUAUUGCAUAAAUGAAGAUCUUCUGUUGUGUAAUUUUAAAAGGCUAUAAUAAAUUUGAAAUUUGGAUAACUUCACACAAUGUGAGUAAUUGUAGGAAAGGUCUUAGUUUAAGCAGCAUUACCCUCUGCUUGUACCAGUUGAAUUUCAGAACUAAACUCCUGUAGUCAAAGAUAGAUUUCUAUUCUGUGCUAAUUGAUAGGAUAUAGUCACCACAGUUUCCCCUUCAUUGUUGAAGCCAACAAAUUCCAUAACAAUUCCAGAGGUAGAGAACUAGGAAAACAAACUACUAGUUUUACAGUACCACUGUGGCUCUGUGAAUCAGAGUGGAAGCCAAAAAUCAGUCAACCAAUUUCAGUUUAUGUCUUCAAUUGUGACAUAAAUGUGAAGUUUCAACAGAUGGGUAAUUAGGGUUGAGUUAGAUGGUUUGCAAACAUGGCUUUCGCUGGAGAACUUGUCAUCAUGUAUGAUUAACUUCUGGCCCCAAUAAUUUUCUUACAGUCAAACCCAAUGCACUUGAAAAAUAAUAUAGUUAAUGCUCUGUGAAGGAUUUUUUUGCAUGUUAAAAAAGAAUGCACCACUAGUUUGCUUAGUUCUGGUAUUCUUAAACUACUUUGCCUUUUGUUCUAUUUACAUGUUUGGAAAGAAGAAUUAAACAUCAUAC